GCAUUCAUGGUUGAAAUGUAAAAUGGUUAGGGUUACUAACUACAAUCCGCAGCCUCUGACUAUUUUUAAAUGUUCCAUUCCACUAGCGCCUAUGUUUGAUGACGUGCGCCCAUAGAAACACAUUCAUUUGGAAAGUGAAACUUCACUCGAACACGCAUUAGAUCGAUGAAAGCAAAACAGAGAGGGGAGCACUGCCUGUAAAAUGAGUCUCUCUGGGGAGAAAGAGAGGAGUGACACUGCUUCUAAAAGGAGUCUUUCUGGGGACAGAGAGGAGGGGGCCACUGCCUCCACCAAUGUAACAGAAAGCCCAAUCCAGAAGGAGAGACCAGUCUCCCCUGUACCCAGCUGUCUGUCCAUGAAGAGUGACAAGUCAAUGGGGCAUCCCAUAGAGUUCCAGAGGAGAGAUGUUUCUACUGAUCACAAGAACCAGAUGGAGAGACCAGACUCAUCUACACCCAGCUGUCUGUCCAUGAAGAGUGACAAGUCAAUGGGGCAUCCAAUAGAGUUCAGAGACAUCACCAUAAGACAACGAGACAAAAAGGAGAGAUCAGAGUCAGAAGUUCCCAGUGGUCAGUCUUCCCAGAGUCAUCAAACAGACCUGUCUUCCAUAUUCAGGUUGGUUGAAAAAAAUGCCAUUGCUUUGGUAAAACGGGAGCUGAAGAAGUUCAAGAAGAUUCUGUGUCCAGAUCUCCCAGAAUGCUUUGAGAGUCAGACAGAGGAUAAGGAAUUGGUGGACGCUGAAGAUGUGGAGCAGGAGAGCAUUCCCAGAGAGGGGGCGCUGAAGAUCACACUGCACAUUUUGAGGAAAAUGAACCAGAAGGAGCUUGCUGACACACUGGAGAACAGUCUUCUAGGUGAGCUUGCUGUGUGUCAAAAUAAACUCAAAUCCAAUCUGAAGAGGAAAUGUGAAUGUGUGUUUGAGGGGAUAGCUAAACAAGGAAACCCAACUCUUCUCAACAAGAUCUACACAGAGCUCUACAUCACAGAGGGUGGAAGUGGAGAGGUCAAUAAAGAACACGAGGUGAGACAGAUUGAGACAACGUCCAAGAGACCAGCAGCACAAGAAAAAGCAAUCAAAUGCAAUGACAUCUUUGAAUCCUUACCUGGACAAGACAAACAUAUCAGAACUGUGUUGACGAAGGGAGUUGCUGGCAUCGGGAAAACAAUCUCUGUGCAGAAGUUCAUUCUGGACUGGGCUGAAGGAAGAGCAAAUCACAAUAUCCAAUUAAUCUUUCCUCUACCUUUUCGGGAGCUAAAUUUGAUGAAAGAUAAGAAAUACAGCUUGAUGGAACUUCUUCAUCACUUUUUCAAUGAAACCGCAGAAUCUGAAAUCUCUAACUUUGACAAAUGCAAGGUUCUGUUUGCCUUUGAUGGUCUGGAUGAGUGUCGACUUCCUCUAGACUUCAACAACGAGGGCUGUUGUGAUGUCACAGAAUCAACCUCAGUGGACGUGCUGCUGACAAACCUAAUCAAGGGCAAUCUGCUUCCCUCUGCUCUCCUCUGGAUAACCUCCAGACCUGCAGCUGCCAAUCAGAUCCCACCUGAGUAUGUUGACCAGGUGACAGAGGUACGAGGGUUCAGUGACCCACAGAAGGAGGAGUACUUCAAGAAGAGAUUCAGUGAUGUGAACCUGGCCAGCAGAAUCAUCACACACAUGAAGACAUCAAGGAGCCUCUACAUCAUGUGCCACAUACCAGUCUUCAGUUGGAUCUCUGCCACAGUUCUAGAGAAACUGUUGGAAGCACAGAGUGGAGAGAUGCCCAAGACUCUGACUGGAAUGUACAACCACUUCCUGAUCUGCAACAUACUGCGCAAAACACAGAAAUAUCCAGAGGGACCAGAGAAAGCUGAGACAGAUUCACAGAUGAAAGCAGAUGCAGAGAUGAUUCUAAAACUGGGGAAACUAGCCUUUCAACAGCUGGAGAAAGGCAAUCUGAUCUUCUAUGAGGAAGACCUGAGAGAGUGUAGCAUCGAUGUCACAGAAGCUUCAGUGUACUCGGGAGUGUGCACACAGAUCUUCAGAGAGGAGAGUGGGCUGUACCAGGAGAAGGUGUACUGCUUUGUGCAUCUGAGCAUCCAGGAGUUUCUUGCUGCUGUGUAUGUGUUUGUCACAUUCAACAAUGACAAUGUAAAUCUAAUGGCAGAACCUGAAACCACGACCAGAAUACUUCAGAUGUCUGAAGACACGUCUGCAACCAUCCUCCACAAGAGUGCUGUUGACAAGGCCUUACAGAGUGGGAAUGGACACCUGGACCUGUUCCUCCGCUUCCUUCUCGGCCUCUCAAUGGAGUCCAAUCACACUCACUUACUAGACCUAUUGAUACAGACAAGAAACCGCUCACAGACCAAUGAGGAAACAGUCAAAUACAUCAAGGAGAAGAUCAGGCAAAAUCCCUCUCCAGAGAGGUGCAUCAAUCUGUUCCACUGUCUGAACGAACUGAAUGACCAUUCUCUAGUGGAAGAGAUCCAAAGCUACCUGAGCUCAGGAAGUCUCUCAGAAGCCAAACUCUCACCUGCACAGUGGUCAGCUCUGGUUUUUGUGUUACUGACUUCAGAAGAGGAGCUGGAGGUGUUUGACCUGAAGAAAUACUCCAACUCAGAGGAAGGUCUUCUUAGGCUGCUGCCAGUGGUCAAAGCCUCCAGUACUGCUCUGCUGAAUGGAUGCAACCUUACAGAGCGAUGCUGUGAACCAUUAGCCUCACUUCUCAGCUCAACCUCUUCACAGCUGAGAGUGCUUGACUUGACUGACAACAACCUGAAAGAUUCUGGAGUGAAGCUGCUCUCUGCUGGACUGGAGAGUCCACAAUGUAAACUAGAGAAACUGAGGUUGUCAUUCUGUGUGGUCACAGAGGAAGGCUGUGCGUCAUUGGCUUCAGCUCUGAGAACAAACCCCUCCCAUCUGAAAGAGCUGGACCUGAGCUACAAUCACCCAGGUGAUUUCGGAGUGAAACUGCUCACUGCUGUACGAGGGGAUCCAAACUGCAGACUGAAGAAACUCAGCGUGGACCAUAAUGAAGAGUGUUAUUUGAAAUCAGCACUCAAGAAAUAUGCCUGUGAGUUGACCCUGGACCCCAACACAGCACACAAUGACAUGACUCUAUCUGAGAAGAACAGGAAAGUGACACGGCUUGAAGAUGAGCAGUCGUAUCCUUAUCACCCAGAGAGGUUUCUGUUCUGGAAACAAGUGCUGUGCAAAGAGCGUCUGACUGGGCGCUGUUACUGGGAGGUGGAGUGGAGAGGCCUAGAGGCUCACAUAGGAGUGGCUUACCAUGGACUUGACAGGCAAGGACGGGGUGAUGAGUGUGGGCUUGGAUACAAUGACAAUUCCUGGGCUCUCAGUUGUUAUAAAAACUACUUCACUACCAGGCAUGAUAAGACUCCCACUACCAUUCCUAUCCCUCCUUCCAGCACCAACAGAGUAGGAGUGUAUCUGGACUGGUCAGCCGGCACUCUGUCCUUCUAUAGUGUCUCCUCUGACACACUGACUCACCUGCACACAUUCCACACCACAUUCAUUGAGCCACUCUACCUAGGAAUUCGGCUUUGGUGUCAUGAUUCCGCAGUGUCUCUGUGCCAGAUAGAAUAGCCUGUUCCUACGGUCUUUCAAAGUGAGGGACUCUAAGCAACGACACACGGAAAAUGGCGGACGGAAGACAGGGUGGUGCGGCAGGUGCCGCUUCUCAUUCGAAUGCUGUAAUUUUAUCUAAACCAUCAGGUGUACGCCGAUCCCAGCUAAGUAACUCAUGCAAAGCGUUAAAGCGCAAUUCUGUGUUUUAUCUACCGUACUCUGCCAUGAUUGUCAGUUAUGUAGCUGCUCUACUGAUAAUCUCAGUGCAUCCUUGCUGGGAUGACACAAUGUCUACUACCGGAGAAUAUCAACACCAAACACAUUGGUUCACCGUUCCACGGGAGCGGACAGUACACAGCAUACCAUAAUGUUCUGAAUAAUGGCCAAGUCUACCUCGCUCCUUAUUCUACUGAACCGCUUAGGCGUAACAAACACAAGUCCAAUAUUUAUCGGAAACUGUUAAACUACCUGUUCACUACCCUCCUGCUCUCCGGGGAUGUACAACUCAAUCCUGGGCCCAAUAUCACCGAGCCAGUGAUACGCACCGGAGUGGAGAGCGGUGGAAGGCCUCGUCCACUGGUCGUCGCCGCUGUGGAAGUGGGUGAGUGCUAUGGUCCUAUGGUUUCUCUCGACUCACCCGGCUCCAGGAUAGAUUUUGACUCUUCAAACAUACCAGAGUCGCUAUAUGCGAUCCCUGACUCUGCUUCUGGUACGCAAGCUAUUUUAAUUAGUUCCCCACAUCCAGUGCAGGCGGGAGGGAUUGUUAAUUGCGCCACCGAACUGCCCCUAAUCAAAACGAAACAAAACGGCCUAAACCCAGCCGUCAGAAAACACAGAAAAUGUAACUUUUUUCAAUGUGUCAAUCACUCUUGAGUCAUCUGGGACCCACAAGCUAAGCCCAAGGGACUACUAGGGGGGCACUUGAACAUUCGUAGUGUCAUUCCAAAAAGUGAUCAAAUUCAACAUC